CACCAGCAUUGUACGUCCAUUGCGCACCGAAUCUACACUGACGUCAAUUAGUCUCAAUUUUUCCACCCUUGGUCGGCCUCCGAUAGUUUACUGCCGUCCUUGGGAUCCUGACUUUCUGUCGAAGCUCCCGUGCGACGUCACGACCAUUGGCCAUCCAAAGCCGAUAACAUCCCUGGGAUCACCACUGCGGCGCGCCAUUGAUUUUGGAUUGGGAAUGUUUUUGGGUGACAGGCGAUUCUAGUUUUAUCGGGACUAGUCUUGCCGUGGUAAAUUUGGUUGAGACGCAAGUACGGCGAGCCAGUCGCGGUUUCCGAACGCCGCAAUGCAGCGAUCUCAACAGCUACGGACGGCGACCCAGACCCGUCGAAGCGCCCGCACUGGCUUCCCGGAACCCGACGACUUUGAAGGUCUUCCCGUGCGACAAUGGCGUCAGGAGUGGGUAAACGUUGCGCCGUCGCUGCAGCAGGAGAUGGCCCAGCAAGGCGACCGCUGGGCGGUUGAGCUACCGUAUGGCAUGCCGAGGGAAUCACAUCUGCUUCCACCGCACACCCAAGAACUCCUACGCGCCGCCCGAUCAGGUCGACUGUACAAGCGCCCCGCGCCGGCGGAGGAGGAGGAGCCCGACGCCGAUGUCGAUGCUGUCAAGGGGGAGAAGAAGGACUGGGAGCCGCCGAGCGAGGGCUACAUGGUCAAGAUGUGGAAGCAGGUGCCACGCAACGCCGAGACUCCAACCGUCUCCCACCUGGCGAAGCGCCACAAGAACACCGUCACAUUAGCCUCGAAGGCGGCAGUGCCCCAGCCAUCGGGGCCCACGGUCAUCCGGGCUACCGUCCGCAGGAUCGACGCGGCCGGCAACCCCUACGAACAGACCGUUACCCUUGCCGAAGGGCAGCAGGUUGACGGCGAGAUUAUCUCGACCACCGUCGUGCAAGCGUCAGCAGCAGCACAAGCAGAGUUGCCAGCCCAGCAGACAACACCGGUUAGGAGGAGGCCUCCGCCCCCUAAGCGGAAGGCGAAGGGACCAGGGCGCGGGCGGAAGAAAGGCAAGCUGCCCUUGCCAAUACCCGCGACGAGGUCACACGCUGCUACUGCAACUGGGGAGUUGCCCCCCAAAUCCGAGUUUCCCGAGUCUGAUGGAAUCACAAUUGAGGGCACCGAGGAUAGUGCAAAUCAAGACAGCGAGAUGGCCGAUAUCUCGGGUAUGCCCUCUGAUGACGAAGAGGGGGAUGGUGGCGAAGGCGAGGAAGAUGGGGAGGGAGGAGACGAAGCUGGCGACGAGGAAGCAGACGAAUUUCCAAACGUCGAAGACGUUAAUCGGGACGCUCCUGAGCGGGAAGCUGAGGACUCGGAGAUGUCGGAGGCUAUCCGACCCACCUCUGUCGAGGAACCCGAGGAACCGCGGCCUGCUCCAGAAGAGGAGGAAGUGGUUACCAUACCCAAGCUGCGCUUCCAGCCACCGAGUCUCAGCAACCUCGGACCGCCCCACGCUUCGACAAGGAUGGAAGGGAGCCCCUUGAAGAAUGUCAUGAUCCAGUCGCCCACGGAACCCCCACCGUUGUUUUCGCCGCAGGCGGCGAGCACAUCCUUUUCCGCGUCCAGCUACCUCGACGUGCAAUCUCGUACUGUCAGCCAGACGUACGCAAGCGAAACGACAAGGCACGGGAUACUGCCUUCGUUGAGGGACAAUGGAGCUUUCGGCCGGUUUGCGAGCCAGGACAGGGCAUCCGCCACGCGGCCGGCGGAGAUACCGCCGGCGGCACCCUCCCAGGCAUCCCAGGCAUCCCAGAUAUUAAAAGCAACAAUCACAAAUGACCAGCAACAAGGGACAUCAGGUACGCCAUCCGGCAACCCCACAGCCACCGAGCCCGCCAAACUGGCCACCGAGGCCGUUGCCGCAGCAUCACAACCUGGACCUCAACCAAUUCCCGAACUCCCUUCCCUUCAACCUCCCGACUCCCCCGCGCUACUCCCGACCGUAGCCGAGGACGAAGACGACGGCCUCAAUCUCCUAGGCAGCCUCGAGCGAGAGCUCGAUCGUCAGGCCAGCGCCAGUAGCGGCGGCGGCGGUAGGUCGGACGGCAAGAACACGCCCGUCCAAACCACAGCAGCAGCAGGAGCCGGGGCAACGGCAGCACCUUCGCCGGAAGAGGGGACAUCGUCUUCUGCGGAUGGCGUUCAGGCGUCAUCGGCGCCUGCUGAAUCAGCUGCGGAUUCGGCUGCUGUCAGCUCCUCCUCUUAGGAAAGAGGAAGGAAGAGCUGACCGAAGCCCGCUAUCUUUCAAAAGUUUGUGACACUUGCUAUACAAUGUCCGGGGAACCCGGGGAGUGG